UCCAGCCUUACCUCUCUCUUCUAUGGGGAGCCAAGCGACAAGGAGAAAUCACCAUGUGAAACCAGCCCACCAGACCUCAGUAAUAAAGACCUGGGUUUCUGCUCCUGGCUCAGCUCCAUUUAUCAAAUGAAGGAUGAGGAAAUUCAGAGUAAGUGUGGAGUAGAUGCCAUCACUUACCUCUCCUAUCAGCGCCAUCUUCUAGUGCUGACCUUACUCAUGUGUGUCUUCUCCGUCUCCAUCAUUCUGCCGGUGAACUUCUCUGGGGAUUUGCUGGACGGUCCAGCUCAGUUUGGGCGUACGACCAUCGUCAACGUUCCCACACAGGAUCGUUUUCUCUGGCUGCACAGUAUCUUCGCUCUCCUCUAUUUCCUGCUGACCGUCCUCUGUAUGCGCCAUCACUCGGCCUCAUUACAUUACCGGGAGGAUGACAAGGUGGUGCGAACACUGAUGGUGACCCGAAUCCCACGAGAAAUAUCAGACUCCUCCCUUAUCACCAAACACUUCCAUGAGGCGUACCCCAGCUGUACGGUCACCGAUGUCCAGUUCUGUUAUGACGUCCGACGGCUGAUGAAACUGGACACGGAAAGGCGGCGUGCCAUGAAAGGUCGCAUGUACUUCGCUGGACAGUCUCAGAAUGAGGGGAAGAUCUUAAUAAAAACUCACCCGUGUGCCCGCCUCUGCCCCUGCGACUGCUGCGGAUUCCAGACCCAGGUGGAGGCAGAGCAGUAUUAUGCUGAGCUGGAGGAAAAGCUGACUGAUGAGUUUACAGCCGAGAGGAACCGAAUCCCCCUGAAGAGGCUGGGUGCAGCAUUUGUCACCUUCCAGGAUGAGAGGAUGACAGCAGUGAUUAUCCAGGAUUACGUCCAUCCACGAUGCCGGCGAUCCCCUCAGCAAUCUUCCGUCACUCCGGUCCUUCUUUCGCACCAGUGGGGGGUCCGUUAUGCUCCGGCACCCAAUGACAUCAUCUGGGAGAACUUGGCUGUGUCGGGACCUGUGUGGUGGGUUCGGUUUGCUGGCCUGAACUUGGCAUUAUUUAUUCUGCUUUUCUUUCUGACCACCCCGUCUGUUAUUGUCAGCACCAUGGACAGGUUCAAUGUAACUCAUCCUGUGGAGAAUCUGAGGAAUCCGGUCAUCACCCAGUUCCUGCCCACUCUGCUGCUCUGGAUAUUCUCAGUGUGCCUGCCAUUCAUUGUAUACUACUCGGCAUUCUUGGAGUGUCAGUGGACCAGAUCAAACGAAAACCGGACAACAAUGCACAAGUGUUAUUUUUUCCUGGUGUUCAUGGUCAUCAUACUGCCCUCUCUUGGCCUAACCAGUCUGGACCUAUUCUUCCGCUGGCUGUUUGAUGUGCAUUUCCUGGAGUCAGCCAAUGUCAAGUUACAGUGUGUAUUCCUCCCCAAUAAUGGGGCAUUUUUUGUCAACUAUGUUAUCACUGCCAGUCUGAUCGGCACCGCCAUGGAACUACUGAGAAUUCCAGGUCUCACGGUAUAUGCUGCACGCCUAUGUCUCGCCAAAUCAGUGCCAGAGCGUCUCCACGUGAAGCGGAGUCAGGCCUAUGAGUUCCAGUUUGGUUUGGAGUAUGCCUGGACCACAUGUGUCUUCUCUGUAGUGAUGACCUACAGUAUUAUCUGCCCCAUCAUCGUGCCCUUUGGCCUCAUAUAUCUGCUGCUGAAACACAUGACUGACAGAUACAAUAUAUACUACGCCUAUAUCCCCACCAAGCUGAGCCCGAGCCUGCACAGCGCCGCUGCACAGCAGCUCUUGGCUGCUCCCAUCCUGUGUGUCUUCUGGCUGCUCUUCUUCUCUGUCCUGCGGCUGGGUAAGACCUGA